AUGGCAGGAACUCAGUCUGAACCUCCUCCAAGUCUUCCUCAAGUCAUCGCAGAACAGCAUGUUCCAAUACCUUCAACCGAUAAAGAUUCGCAAAGGUUGAUUGUCGUUCUCUCUAAUGCCAGUCUCGAGACUUAUAAACAAUCUUCCGGUGGUGGAAGACCUGGCGCCCGUGCCGCAGAGGAAAAAUACUCUCUUCUCAACAGUGAUGAGCACAUUGGUAUUAUGCGCAAGAUGAAUCGAGACAUCAGUGAUGCCCGACCUGAUAUUACACAUCAGUGUCUUCUCACCCUCCUCGACUCGCCGAUCAACAAAGCCGGCCGACUUCAAAUCUACAUUCAUACCGCCAAGGGAGUUCUCAUUGAGGUCAGCCCAACGGUCCGAAUUCCACGUACUUUCAAGCGUUUUGCCGGUCUGAUGGUUCAACUCUUACAUCGCCUCUCUAUCCGAUCUGUCAACUCUCAAGAAAAACUCCUCAAGGUUAUUACGAACCCGAUCACCGAUCACCUACCUCCCAAUUGCCGAAAAGUUACAUUGAGUUUUGAAUCACAAUUGGUCCGUGUUCGGGAUUAUGUGGAGACAUUGGAGCCGAAGGAGAGCAUUUGUGUAUUUGUUGGUGCCAUGGCAAAGGGAACAGAUAACUUUGCAGAUGAUCUAGUGGAUGAGAAGAUCUCCAUUAGUAAUUACAGUCUUUCUGCAAGUGUGGCAUGCAGCAAAUUCUGCCACGCUGCAGAGGAUGCAUGGGAUAUUAUUUAG